AUGACCAGAGUCUUUCUUACCGGCGCUUCUGGAUACAUCGGUGGAGAUGUCCUCCAUUUGUUAGUCAAAUCGCACCCUGAAUAUCAAGUCCGAGUCCUGGUCCGAGACGAGUCCAAGGGAUCCGUCAUUACCAAGGCUUUUAGUCAAGUCGAAAUCGUGCACGGUAGCCUUGAUGAUACAGACAUUAUCAGCAAAGAAGCCCAAGAAGCCGACGUUGUGUUGCAUCUGGCGGCUACCGGACAUCUAAACAGCGUCCAAACUAUAUACGAUGCUCUUUCGAGAAAGCCCAAAAGCUCCAAGUCCCCAUCCUACGUUCAAAUCUCAGGCGCCAGCGUGCUCGCAGCCGGUGAAGUUGCUGACAAGGCGAGGGUUUUUGGCUCUGGCAGUGAUGUCAUCUACAAUGAUCUCACCGGCGUCGAUUCAAUCAAGUCGUUCAUCAAGCAGUACCCCAGCCGCGCCGUGGAUAACUACAUUCUCUCAGUGAAUGAACAGAGUUCGCUUGUCAAGACUGCCCUCGUCAUUCCUCCCAUCAUUUAUGGUCAAGCUCGUGGCCCAGGCAAUCAACGUAGCAUGCAGAUCCCAGACCUCGCUAAUGCUACACUGAAGCGCCAGCGGGGAUUACAGGUUGGUCCUGGUGAAAGCCGAUGGGGUAACAUCCACAUCCAGGACCUAAGUCACAUCUUUUUGCGAUUAACUGAGAAGGCAGUUGAAGGUAGUGAAGAUAACAACAUUUGGGGAACAAAUGGCAUAUUCUUUACUGGUGUAGGGGAAAUGUCAUUCAGUGACAUAUCGCGACGAGUUGCCACAGCCGCACACGACUUCAAUCUCAUCCCGAGCAACGAAGUAGACCAAGUCAAUGCAGACGAGAUUGAUCAACUGAUUCCCCGCGGAUCUGUACUAUUGGGAACCAACGCUCGUGCCGGAGCUGACAGAGCUAAAGCAAUGCUUGGCUGGGAACCUGAGAUGGAGAGCUUGGAGGAGCAUAUCCCCCAGGCCGUUAUCAACGAAGCGCGAGCACUUGGCAUGAAGGUCGAGCAAUGGUUGUAG